UAAACUUCACAGUUCACAGUCAGUCCCUAUCUAACUCAAACGAAGCGCGCUUCUACCAAGCUGCGUGGGCUUUAACCACAAAAUACGCGGCCGCGCUAAUAUCCGCGACAAAAAAAAAAACAAAACGGAUUUCCAAAAAAAGUGCCUUUACGAAACCCAAAACCGUAAUAAUAACGAAACAAUUUUAAAAAUUCGGAAUUUUUUUUAUUUCAGUCGCUUUGCUGAAAAUUUAUUUUCAUAAUUCACUCGCGUUGCAAAGUUAUGAAACCAAACUAUCUAAUUAUGAAAUGAUAUCAUUAAAACGUAUUUCUUUAGUUCCAAGUGAGAUAAUUAUUAUUAAUAGACGUCAAUGAAGGAAUUAUGUCAUUUUGAAUGUGCCUUUUAUGGAUUCUACUUUAAAAAGUAUUAAAAAAGAAGAAGAUACCUACCUAAUCGCUGUGCCUCACUUUGGCUGAACCAACUCAAAAUGCCUUAUACAUUCUCUCUGUGAUUUAAUAGUGUUACACCAACCAACAAUGGCGGCUCUUCCACCACUGAGUUGCUCCCCGCGUAUGAAAGAAGAAAUAGUCUACCCUAUCACCUGCACGGUUGCCACUAAUCUUCUAGCUCCGGUGAAGACUGAGCAGCAAAUCCUGGAGAACUCAAUGUUGGAAGAUGACCCGAAUGCAAAUUGUACGGUGGCUGCUGUACCAAAAGAAAGAUCGGGUCCCCGAUGGGGCCCCCAGCACAAAGGAGCUCAGGAGUUGGCUAAUUUGUAUAGUAAAGGUAAAAGAACGCAGGAAUGCAUCUGUGUCGGCAUUUGUUUGACCCUGAUGGCGAUAAACUUCGUGUUCGUAGUCUAUUAUACUCACCUAGAAAAGUUAAGUACGAUCCUGGUGGCGGCAUUUUUUGGAAUUGUGACCGCCGAUUUUUGUUCGGGGUUCGUGCAUUGGGCAGCCGAUACGUGGGGCUCAAUCGAGUUACCAAUAUUAGGAAAGAAUUUUCUUCGACCAUUCCGAGAACACCAUAUUGAUCCAACCUCAAUAACACGCCAUGAUUUCAUCGAAACUAACGGUGACAAUUUCAUGGUAACAAUACCAUUCCUGGGCCGUAUGGUGUUGGAUUUUCUAACGCUGUCAAAAGAAGAUAUCCAAACCAAAUUUACGUGGAAUUGCUAUAUUUUUCUCUUAGCCAUAUUCGUCGCGAUGACAAAUCAGAUUCACAAAUGGUCUCACACGUACUUCGACCUUCCGACUUGGGUAAUUUUUCUUCAGGAAUAUCGAAUAAUUCUCCCCAGACGUCAUCACAGGAUCCACCACGUGGCGCCACAUGAAACGUACUUCUGCAUUACGACGGGUUGGCUGAACUGGCCACUAGAAAAAUUGCGUUUCUGGAGCGCACUGGAAUUCCUCAUCGAAACUGUAACGGGAAUCAAACCCAGAGCGGACGAUUUCAAAUGGGCCCAAAAGAGGACGUGAUAUUUUUUUACCUCUUUGUUACAAAUUUUUUUAUCGGUGAUAGUGG